UUGAUCGGAUUGUUUAUAUUAUGUAUGUUUAUCAAUUAGUAGAAUGCAUUUAUUAUCAUAUAAAAUGCUAAUCAAGUUGAAUCAAUGUUUUGUUUUUUGUUGACAAGUUGCAACUUUCGUUGAGACAUCAUGAAGAUGGAAGAUGAUCAGCUUCAGCAAAAGCUUUUCAAAAUAGGUCAGCUUUCAGGGGAGGGCUCAAAGUAUCACUAUGGAGACGACCUAGAAAAUGCUGUGGAGUGCUAUAAAGAAGCAUAUAAACUAGCAAGGGAGAUUAACGAUGAUAAAACUGAAAGAACAUGUGCAUUUAAUCUUGGGGCUGAGUACAUCGCCCUUGGAGAAUACAAGGAAGGGCUAGACUAUUUACAUAAAGCUGUACCACCUAAAGACCUUUCAGAUGAACGUGCAACUGGGGAUUUGUAUUUUAAUAUGGGACUUGGCUAUGAAGGAAUGGAAUUGGAAGAAGAAGCCUUGAAAAACUUUUUGAAAGCCAAUAAAAAAUAUGAUAAGUAUGAAAGAAAUAAAACUGAUAUGCAAAUAGUGUGUUUAGAAAAGUGUUUUAAAUUAUAUCAUGAAAGGAAAGACUUUAUGAAGGCUGCUGAUAUUUGUAAGCAGAUGGCAGACAUUUUGAGUGGGGGAGAUGAACUAAGUAGAGUAGAAAAGCUGUGUGAGAGAGCUUCAGAGCUCCGGCUUGGAAACUAUAAAAAUGAGGCAACUGACGCAGCUCUAGAAUGUAAAAAUGAAUUUAUGGAAAAAUGCAAACCACAAGGCCAGGAUUGCAUAGUAGCAGGAAAGAUUUGGAAUGACCUUGGCCUUGUAUUCACACAGUUACAGCAAUAUGACGAUGCCACUCAGUGUUUUGAGAAAGCAGUUGAGCAGGUCAGGAACAGUCACAAAAGUAACCCACAGCUAGAAGCUGUUGUUCUUCAAAAUCUAGGUGCUGCAUACAACUUUAAUGGCGAUUAUCAAAGAGCGAUCAAAUUCCACGAAGACGCAGCUACAAAAUACGCAUCGAUAAAUUACAGAAAUGGACAGGGGCAGUGUUUUACAAAUCUCGCAUUUGCUCUUAGCCAGCUGGGAGAACGAGAAAUGAAACAGGCAGAGAUUGCUUUCCAUCAUGCAUUGCAAGCCGCCAUAGAUACAAGUGACCUGCACAUGAAGUGGCAAGCUCUGGAAGGUCUUGGCGCAGUAAACUACAAUCAAGGUCAGGUACAGGAUGCUGUGGACUUCUUCAUAGAGGCCCUACAAUGUGUGAGGAAUAACAAAGCAGCGAGUGAAAGAAUAAAGCAUAAAAUGAUGUACGCAUUAAAAGGCCCUGAUCAGGUUGGUGUCCCUUAUAGAGGUCAAGGUCAAAUGAUAUACACGGGAACUCAUAUGACACCUGUGCCUGGAAGACGGGUAUUAAUGUCAACUCACGGACCUGUUGAGGAACAUAAUAAACUUAGCACCACACCGAGGUCACAGGUUAUAGAGACAGUGAUGAUGGAGAAGAUUAUACCUGUGGCCGGGGAACAGCCAGCUAUGGCCGUAGUACAGGACACUACCCCUCCUAAAGCUAGGCGUCUCAUCAGACUGAGAAAGAAAGACUCUAUUGGGCCGUAUCAUCAUCCAAAAGUUGCUCUUGGUUUAGGAUCGAUGACUUACGAUUCCCCACGUGCUCUAGCAGCAGAUAGACGAAACACGAUAUUACAGGAGGAUUCAUCUGAGGAGGAGAGUAGCAGUGCGUCUGGUACAAGCAGCGAGACAGAAAGUGGGGAAGACGUGGCAGAUCAAGCUAAAGGAGGAAUAUCUGAAGAGAAGAUAAACAAGAUAUUUGAAAGACCAACUUCAACUCAAAUUAACAGAACAGGAGUGAAAACAGUCAGACUAAGUCCCGUUGUACAUGAUGGACAUUUGUCACAGUAUGAGGCCCAACUUAGAGCCAAAGAAGAGCAAGAAGAAAAUGAAGAUUCAGAUUCAGAAGAGGAAUCAUCAGAUGAUUC